AUGGCAGUCUCCAUUCGUAUAAUGAUAAAUAGAGCACUCUUUCUCAUAUUACCUCUAUUUUAUAUUGGUGACUGCUCAAUUCAUCAUAAUUUGCGGUACUUUGAAACUCUUCAUGCAUCCAAUCUUAAACACCACAUAGUGAAGAGGGGCACAAAACAAUCAACACACCCCUUUAAUACUAUCAAGGAGCUAAAUUUUCACACUCUCGGAAAAGAUUUUAAAUUAAUCUUACAUCCUCACAACAGUGUUCUUCACUCUAACUUCAGAGCAUAUGCUGUGGAUGGUGAUGGAAAUAAAACUGCUGUUCACAUUGACCGCAAUAACUUCUACACAGGCAGGGUAUUUGGUCAGACAUCUUCAGAAGUCAAAAUGCACAUAGAGGAUGGUGUUAUUACAGGAAUUAUCCAUACUCCUGAUGAGACAUACCACAUUGAGCCAUCCUGGCGUCACCUACCUCACUUGGAUAAAAAAAGCAUGAUAUCAUAUCGCUCGUCUGAUAUUCUCUUCAGUUGGGAAAACACUGGCGGUAACAAGCCACGUGUGUGUGGUUAUGUAAAAGAGGGAAAAGAAUUAGAAAAUGAAGCAGAAGACGAGAAUGAAGACUUAGAAACAAUACAAGAACAGUCAGAAAAAGAUAAGUACUUAAGGACACAGAAUAAAAACAAACAAGCAGACACUAGUAAUGUACAGACUGACACUAAAAGUGGGAAGAGAGUGAAGAGGCAAAGUGACUAUGAGUACACUCCAACUAAAACUCGAUGUCCAUUACUCCUGGUAGCCGACUAUAGAUUCUUUCAAGAAAUGGGUUCCAGUAAUACUAAAACUACAAUCAGUUACUUGAUAAGCCUAAUAGACCGUGUACAUAAGAUUUACAAUGACACCAUUUGGCAGGACAGACAGGACAUGGACGGAUUUAAAGGUAUGGGGUUCGUAAUAAAGAAGAUUUUGGUCCACUCGGAACCCACUCGAGUUCGAGGCGGAGAAGCUCAUUAUAAUAUGGUCAGAGAAAAGUGGGAUGUGCGAAACUUACUUGAGGUAUUUAGUCGCGAAUACUCACACAAGGAUUUCUGUCUGGCGCAUCUGUUUACCGACUUAAAAUUUGAGGGUGGUAUUCUCGGUCUGGCUUAUGUGGGUUCGCCGAGAAGAAACUCCGUCGGCGGUAUUUGUACGCCAGAAUACUUCAAAAAUGGUUAUACAUUAUACUUAAACUCUGGCUUGAGUUCUUCUCGCAACCAUUACGGCCAGCGCGUGAUUACUCGUGAAGCGGAUUUGGUGACUGCGCAUGAGUUUGGACACAAUUGGGGCUCCGAGCAUGACCCUGACGUGGCUGAAUGCUCCCCAGCUGCCAGUCAUGGGGGCUCCUACCUUAUGUAUACGUAUAGUGUCAGCGGGUACGACUUGAAUAAUAAGAGAUUUUCCCCGUGCAGCCUUCGAUCCAUCCGCAAAGUUUUGCAAGCAAAGUCAGGUCGAUGCUUCUCUGAGCCCGAGGAGAGUUUCUGUGGAAAUCUCCGGGUAGAGGGCGGAGAAGAAUGUGAUGCUGGAUUACUUGGUACGGAGGACAACGACAUGUGUUGCGACAAGAACUGCAAAUUGCGAAGAGGCCAAGGCGCCGUGUGCAGCGACAAGAACUCGCCUUGUUGUGCUGGAUGUGUUUUCGCUCCACCUGGCGUUGUCUGUCGCGAAGCAGCACAUUCUGCUUGCGAAGGAGAGGCGACCUGUAAUGGCGCAUCUGCUGAUUGUCCUAAGGCUCCGGCUAUAGCGGACGAGCACGAGUGCCUUGAACGAGGAAGAUGCCGCAAUGGGAGUUGCGUACCCUAUUGCGAGACGCAGGGCAUGCACAGUUGUAUGUGUGAUAUAGUUGCUGAUGCAUGCAAGCGUUGUUGCCGCAAGAGUUUGAACAAGACGUGCUUUCCCGUCGCCCACAGUGAUAUUCUACCAGAUGGGACACCAUGUAUUCAAGGAUUUUGUAAUAAAGGCGUUUGUGAAAAGACGAUCCAAGAUGUGGUGGAGCGAUUCUGGGACAUCAUAGAAGACAUAAAUAUCAACAAUGUUCUGGGUUUCCUGCGGGAUAAUAUUGUUGGAGUCGUAGUAUUGGGCACGGCUUUUAUCUGGAUACCCGCAAGUUGUGUGAUAAGUUAUGUGGACCGUCGAAGACAGCGGAUGCAGCAGAAAUACCUUGCAUGGGAAAGACAACAUGAUCUCGUACAUCCGUCAUCACCGCGGAAGAUACUUUACACCAGAUUGCCGAAGCUGAAACCUCCAGGAAUUAAAUCGGUUAUUCAAGGCUCAAGUCAACUGUAG